AUGUCUGCCUCCCACCAUGCCUCAAGUGCCCGCUCAGUCCUGACAGUCCUCCUGACGGCAGCCUCCGUCCUGCUGGCCGCUCCAGACCCUCUCCGUCCCUCCGGAGAGGUGGACGCCCUCCACACAGAUUCUCCUGCCAGGCUGCCGGGGAACACGGAGAGGAGGUACGAGGGGGGCCGGCCGGUCAGCCGGGGACAAGCCCAGGAAGAAGAAGAAGAAGAAGAAGAGCUCUUUAAAGACGUGGAUCCAAAACAACUGGCUGCUGUUUUACUGGAGGCACUGAAUCGCUCACAGGUUGAGAGCAGGAGGGAGGAAGAGGAGCAUGAGGGGAUGAAGGAGGGGGCAGAGGAGCAGGAAGCAUACAGGGAGGUAGACUCCAUGGCGAGAUCAGAGCGGGACAGGGACGGCAGGCAGGAGCUGGAGCUGCUGAUGGCUGCUCACGGAGACGAGGAGGAGGAGCGCAAGAAAGCUCUGGAAGAAGAGGAGAGGAUGACCGAGAAGGUGACCAGUCGCACCAUCAGCCAGACGGCCCAGAACCCGCCGGAACAACGCAGCACCGGCGAGGACGUGCAGGAGGAGGAGGAGGAGGAGCAGCUGAACCCCGAGGAGCUGAAGAGUCUGGAGACCAUGAUGAAGGAGUUUCCCCGGCUGAACACCGCCACCAAGAGGGAAGGAGAUCCGGAGCCCGGCCAGAGGGAGAGCCGGGGCUACAGCAGCCACAACGACAUCAACCCCGUCAGCAAGGCCGGCGAAGCGUCCAGGAAGAAGCUGAAGUGGCAGGAGGAGACUCAGAAGGCGCUGCACUUCCCACUCUUCAAAGGAGGAAACUUCAUGGAUGACUUUGAGGAUGAUCGUGACGGCAGCAAUGCAGUUCAGGCCCCGCCUCCCUCACAGCAGGCGGACAUGGAGGAGGCGCAACCUGAGGAGGAGGAGGAGGAGGAGGAGGAGGAGCUGAGUCCAGAAGAAGAGGAGGUCCGGGCCAAAGCAGAGCAGGAGGAGAUGAGGAGGCAGGCGGCCGAGGCCCAGAGAGCCAAGCUGGAGGAGGAGAAGCUGGCCGACAUCGCCUCCGACAUGCUGCUGCGCUACAUGGUCAAGCAGAACCACGGCGGCAGGAAGGACGGCGCGUCUCUGUCCAACGCCAUGGAGGACAAGCGGUCGGACGAGCAGCAGGAGGCCACCGAGGAGGACGACCUGGACCCGCAGACCAUCGACAAGCUGAUCGAGAUCUCCAGCAAGCUCCACCUGCCUGCCGACGACGUGGUGGACAUCAUCAGCGACGUGGAGAAGAAGAAGAAGAAAGACGUCCCGCCCGACGCGGCGCCGCGCUGGCAGCGACCCCUGCCCCCCCUGCCCUCCACCUUCUCCUCUGCUCCCCAGGCUCCAGCCAAUCAGAACAGCCUCCCUGUUUCCAGGCAACCAUUUCCAGCCGUCAAACUCCUUAAGUCUUGGUUCCAGGAGAGACUGCCGGCUGAACCAGAGGAUCAGUGGAGCCGCCUCGAUAAGCCUCUGAGCUCCAGCAACGACCUCUGGUCCAAACCUCACAAGCAUUUCUCAGUUCAGAAGGACCUCCGGCCCAAAUCCCCCACCCCGUUCUGGAACGGUUACCCCUUUUACCCCUACCCGUACCCUGCUUUCUACCCGAGGAGGCCCUACCCGUUCUACCCCGUCUACUACUCCCCGCCCCCCCGGGCUGAACCUCAGUACUACCCUCCUCAGCCUGCUCUGUCUGCCGGGAGCUUCUUGGGGAAGUCUGUGGGCGACGCUUACGGCUUCCCCCCGAAAAGACGCUACCAGGGCUGGGUCCAGCCCCGGCUCAGGAAGCCCCCCAGCGGCCUCCAGCCGAAGUCCUUCUACCCCCUCCCCCUGUAUCCCCGGACAUUUCAGCCCCUCCCCAAACCACGCCCCCCCUCCAGAGUGCCUGCGCUCCCCCCUCAGCACAGGCCGUUUUACUACCCCUCCCUGGCCAGGAACAGGGAUUACUUGUUGUCUGGAAGGCAGGCGGACAGCAGCAGCAGCCGGGAGGAUCUGGAGAAGUACAUCCAGCAGCUCCUCAUGAACAGACCGCAGAUCACUGACUGA